AUGGGGAAGAAACCUUCUUUAAUCGGAUCGUGGGACAUGAAGACCAUGUUCCAUUGUAGCAUAGUCAUGUUCUUCCUAGGAGGUUUAGCAACUUUAAGCUUUUACAGAAACACUAUAUAUCAACAAGCAGUGAGUAGUAGUGGCAAUAACGUUAAGGUGGUUACUCUUACUACAACAACUACAAUUACGACAAGAAAUGUAAAAGAAGAAGAUACGAUUCCAAAAUCAAAUGUGACUACAAAUAUCAAAAAUACACAUCAAGUUCUUUAUCACCAGAGAAGGCUAAAGAUUGCACCACCGUCCUUAACCGAGACUUGUGAUUUGUUCUCUGGUCGAUGGGUGUAUGAUAAUAAGAGUCAUUAUCCUUUGUAUAAGGAAGAUGAAUGCCAUUUUCUACAUGGUGAUUUAGCUUGCCAAACUUAUGGUAGAAAAGAUUCUAAGUAUAUGAAAUGGAGAUGGCAACCCCAUGGCUGUGACUUCCCUAGGUUUGAUGGGAAAGCAAUGGUAGAGAAACUUAAGGGCAAAAGGCUAUUGUUUGUGGGCGAUUCGGUUAACAGAAAUCAAUGGGAUUCCAUGAUGUGCAUGCUCCAUACUUCAAUUCCAGGAGAAAAGAAGCUCGGACAGGGCCUUAACCGAACCUUGUACACCUUUAGAUCCGACGAUUACAACAUCUCAGUUGACUACUACUGGGCACCUAUGCUGGUGGAGUCUAAUGGCGACGAUCCAUCAAACCAUCGACUUGACCACCGAACGAUUCGAGUCAAGUCCAUCGAGAAACAUGCUAAGCAUUGGAUUGAUGCGGAUAUACUUGUCUUUAAUACCUAUCUUUGGUGGAGAUUGCCCACGGUGAAGCUUUUGAAAGGCCCGGGUUCGUUGUUAGGCGGUCCUAAACAAGACUAUGUUGAAGUAAAUAACGUACAUGCUUACAAGCUGGUCCUAGACACAUGGUCCAAAUGGGUUCACCAAAAUAUCGAUUCGGCUAAGACAAAGAUGUAUUUCAUGGGCGCUACAGCAACUCAUUCUAGGGCGACGGAUUGGGGAGGCAAGAACCAAGGAACGUGUUAUAAAGAGAAAGAGCCAGUGAUGAAGGACGGAUUCUGGGAAAGCGGAACAGAUACAAAAAUGCUUAGAAUAUUGGAGUCGUCGUUGGAAAAAUUGAAAGCGAAAGGGACUAACGUGCAGCUGAUAAACAUAACACGACUAACGCAACAGAGAAAAGAUGCACACCCUACUGUCCAUAGAAGACUAUGGCGUCCCUUAACCGAAGAGCAAAAGAAGAACCCGGAACGUUCUUCUGAUUGUACACAUUGGUGUCUCCCCGGAGUUCCCGAUAUCUGGAAUGAACUUCUCCUUGCUUACAUUUUUUCAGAAACAAAAAUUGCCAAGCAGUGA